AUGCCGGGCCUCUGCCGGCUCCUGCCGCUGCUGCUCGCCGCGCUCUGCCCUCCCGCCCUCAGCCUCCGCCAUGGGCCCUCCAGGAUCGCCGUGGUGGGCGGCGGGAUCGGCGGCUCGGCCGCCGCGUAUUUCCUGCGGCAGAAGUUCGGCCGCGACGUGCAGCUGCACGUGCUGGAGAAGGCAGCGGUGGGCGGCCGGCUGGACACGCUGGACGUGGAGGGGGCUGCCUAUGAGGCAGGGGGGUCCGUGAUCCACCCCCUCAACCUGCACAUGAAGCACUUUGUCAAGGAGCUGGGCCUCUCGGUCGCCUCACCCCAGGGCAGCCUCGCGGGCGUUUACAACGGGGAGGAAUUUGUGUUUGAGGAGAGCAGCUGGUCCUUCAUCAACCUCCUCAAGCUGCUCUGGCACUACGGCCUCAACCCCCUGCGCAUGUCCAUGUGGGUGGAGGACAUCCUGGACAAGUUCAUGAGGAUCUACCGGUACCAGAUGCACGACUACGCCUUCAGCAGCAACGAGCGCCUGCUCCACGCCCUGGGAGGCGACGACUUCACGCGGCUGCUCAACCAGACCAUCGACGAGGCCAUGCAGAAAGCAGGAUUCUCCCAGAAAUUCAUCAACCAGGUGGUUUGUCCGGCCAUGAGGGUGAAUUACGGCCAAGGGGUCACCAUCAAUGGCUUUGUAGGUGCUGUGUCCCUGGCUGGGGUGCAGUCGGGCCUUUGGUCUGUGAAAGGGGGGAACAAACUUGUGUGCUCUGGACUCAUCUACUCCUCCAAGGCCAAGGUUAUCCCAGGAACGGUCGUGUCCAUAGAGGCAAAAACCAGAUCCAAGCGUGGUGGGGACCCGGUGAAGCUCUACGAGGUCACCUACAACACGUCCUCGGGGCUGACAGGGGACACCUACGACAUCGUCGUCAUCGCAGCUCCGCUUGGCCGCAAGAUGGCCAACAUCACCUUCCGGAACUUCGACCCUCCCAUCCCGGAAUUCCUGAAUCCCUACCACCAGACCGUCACCACCUUGGUGCACGGGCGCUUGAACACCUCCUUCUUUGGCUACGCGGACCCCCAGGCUUUUCACUUUGGGGCCAUUUUCACCACGGACAACCCCAAACUGUUCAUCAACAGCCUGGGUGUGGUGUCCCCCGUGGGGGACACGGGCACGGGCGGGAAGCUGCCGUUGCCGUCGGCCGUCUGGAAGGUGUUUUCCAAUGAAGAGCUCACCAAGGAGCAGCUCAAUUUGCUCUUCUCCUCGUACGACUCGGUGAAGGUGAAGCCGUGGCUGGCGUAUCCCCAGUACAGCGUUCCCGAGAAGUUUCCUCCCAUCGUCCUGCACGAGCAACUGUACUACCUGAACGGGCUGGAGCGCGCCGCCAGCGCCAUGGAGAUGAGCGCCAUCGCUGCCCGCAACGCCGCCCUGCUCGCCUUCCACCGCUGGCACGGCCACAGCGCCAGCGUCGACCAGGAGGACCUGCACGAGAAGCUCAAAACGGAGCUCUGACACAACCCCCGGGGCUUAAUUAACACUAAUGAACUCUCUGCUUCGCCCUCCAAGGAGGUGUUUCGUAGGAUCAUGGGAUCCUUACAGUUGGAAGAUCUUUAAGAUCCUGAUGACCUUCAAGACCAUCAAGAUGCCCUAAAUAACUCUAUUGAACUCCAUACUUCACCCCUCCAAAGAGGUCUUUCAUAGGAUGAUGGGAUCCUUUAGGUUGGAAGACCUUCAAGACCAUUAAGAUGACAUAUAUAACUCUAAUGAACUCCAUACUUCACCCCUCCAAGGAGGUGUUUUGUAGGAUCAUGGGAUCCUUUAGGUUGGAAGACCUUCAAGACCAUCAAGAUGCCCUAAAUAACUCUAUUGAAUAAACUCCAUACUUCACCCCUCCAAGGAGGUGUUUUGUAGGAUCAUGGGAUCCUUGAGGUGGAAAAGCUUCAAGACCUUCAAGAUCUUCAAAAACUUCAAGACAAUCAAGAUGCUGUAUUAAACUCUAAUGAACUCCACACUUCGCCCCUCCAAGGAAGUCUUUCAAAAGGAUCAUGGGAUCCUUACAGUUAGAAGAUUUUCAAGACCUUCAAGAUCAUCAAGACCUUCAAGACCAUGAAGACCUUCAAGACCAUGAAGACCUUCAAGGUGAUGUAAUUAACAUUAAUGAACUCUGUACUUCACCCCUCCAAGACGGUGUUUCAUAGGAUCAUGGGUUCCUUAAGGUUGGAAGAGCUUAAAGACCUUCAAGGCCAUCAAGACCUUCAAGAUCAUCGAGACCCUAAAGGUCGUUGAGAACUUUAGGUGCAACCAUCCACCCAACCGCGUUCACCGUUAACGAUGUCCUCAAGUGCUGCGUCCGUGCGUUGUUUGGACGCUUCCAGGGAUGGUGACUCUGCCACAACCUAGGCUGGACAACUCUUCCUUCCAUGACAAAAUUCUUCCCAAUAUCUCGGCGUCCCCUGGUGCCACCUGGAAGCUGUCUGGCCAGCUCUGGAGGGAGCAGGAGCAGUGAAGCGUUCCCAAGUAAGCUGGGGCAUUUUCCUCACACAAAUCCGUGAGUUUUCCUCAAACUCCUUGAUUUAGCCCUGUCUGAGGUUAGGGAAUUCAUUAAAAGUGCCAUAUUGACCCCAAGGUGCUCUCCAGCUGGGAAUAUCGACUCCCUGGCUGUCCAUCCCUCUGCCCCAACUUCUCCCAAGGGUCUGCCAAGGAAUUAUUGCUCAGGGUGGGAACUGGGGGCAAUGGGGUGCUGGGAGCUGCCAGAAUGGGUGAGAAAGAGGGAGAACCACCAAUAUCCAUCGCUGCGUUCAGGUAGGAAGUUAAUAAAGAAUUUAAUAACCUGA